AUGGAUAGGUGGAAAGUCAAGGAGAUCGUUAACCAGGCGCCGAGGUGGGAUUCUUCCAGCGAGGCGCUCUUGUUAAAACCGUAUUUGCAUAUCACGCAACAGCAAGGGAAGCAGUUUCGCACUAAGUUGAUUCACACAUUUAACCAGUUUUACCAGGUACCAGCGGAGAUUUUGGACACGCUGACCCAGAUAAUAGACAUUUUGCAUAACUCUUCUUUACUUAUAGACGAUAUUGAGGACAGCUCUGCUUUGAGGCGCGGUAUAACCACUUCACAUCUAAUAUACGGGGUACCAAUGACCAUUAAUUCGGCCAACUACAUGUAUUUUGUUGCCAUGCAGCUAAUCAACAACUUUAUCAGGGGGGACUCCACGGAAGACCUGCGACUUCACAAAGAACUGACUGGAAUAUUUAACGAGGAACUCUGUAACCUGCACCGCGGCCAAGGGUUAGACAUAUAUUGGAGGGAUAAUGCCGUGAUCCCCACGGAGGAAAUGUACUUCGAUAUGGUUAUGAACAAAACUGGUGGUUUGUUUCGCUUGACUAUACGAUUGAUGGAGACACUGUCGAAUUUUUACAAUCCAACUGCAGCGUCAACGCACAGGAAGAGUUUAGAACCGCUGUGUAAUCUCCUUGGGAUCCUGUAUCAGGUGAGAGAUGACUACUUGAAUCUAACAGACGAAACAAUGACCUCGAACAAAGGGUUUGCCGAUGACAUUACCGAGGGCAAACUUUCGUUCCCAAUCAUUCACGGAUUAAACUACGAGAAGAAAGUGCUCAAACAACGAACCAUCCUGGACUUGGUCAUGUCUAAGACUAACGACGUUGCACUGAAAAGGCAGGUGAUUGAUUUCCUGAAGGAAAACGGGUCCAUGGACUACACAAGGGAAACCAUCAAAACUUUGGCGGACCUGAUCAAACAGGGCGACUACUUGCCAGAUCCUUCCAACAACCCAGAUACCAGAAUGCAACUGCAAUAUAUACUCAAUCACCUGUCUGAUAUAUAG